CUAUAUAGCUGUAACCCCAAAUAUAGGCAGUAGCAUUUGUAUGAAGUAGUGAAAUUGCAACAAAAACCAAGCUUAGUGGCUAUUUUGUUCCUCUUCUUCUCCACUAACUUAUUGCACUUCUUCGUCGACCUCUUAGGUUGUGGAUGCAGCCAAGAAGAGACCAGACAUGCUAGUCCAAGUCGGAUGAGAGUACCGAUACAUGCCUCCAGUCGCGAAGCUGAUCCAGAUCGUCAAAGGUGGAUCUCUAUGAUAUGAGAAAAUGGUGUCAAUAAAGGACGACAGGCUUCCAUUUCUGGUCAAGGUUCAUAACUGGAACAGGUGUAAUGCCAACACAGGGGGAACUCUGGUGGAGAAAUGCUGCCACUUCUUUGAUCUCAUGAGGCUGUUUGCUGGAGCGAAUCCUGUUCGGGUCAUGGCUUCUGGCGGUAUUGAUGUUAACUACAAGGAUGAAAUCUAUGACAGGAAGGUACCUGAUGUUAACGACAAUGCAUAUGUGAUCACCGAGUUUGAUAACGGCUCAAGAGGGAUGCUUGACCUUUGCAUGUUUGCUGAAGGGAAUAAGAAUGAGCAGGAAAUAUCAGUUGUUGCCUUGUUGGUGUUGGGGGAGGCUUUCGUGCCGGAAAACGUCGUGCGGUUUGGUUCUCGAGUUGCUGGUAGAGAUGGCGUAAAGACCCUGAUAGCUGAGGAUGAAAGAAUAAAAACACUGAAAUUGCAUCAUGGAUCAAGCUACUUGGAACACCUUUACUUUCUGGCUUCAGUAAGAGCUGAAGGUGAGAAAGUUCCUGCCGUGGAUCUGCAAGAUGGACUGAUAUCAGUAGCUAUUGGAGUUGCAGCACAACUUUCAAUCGAGGAGGAUCAAUUUGUUCAAUGA